AUGGGCUUAUUAUAUAUGUCUCUUCUGUUGGGUCAUGACCCUCCACCCUUUUCCUUUCCUACUUCUUCGUUCUAGAUACUCUCACCGACUGCUGCGAGUUCGAUUCAACACCGCGAAGGAAUUUCAACAUCCCACUCUCAUUCCAAUUGCAAUGAGAGAGUAUCAUGGCUUCUCUUGGUGGUAACAUUUUACCCCCUGACCCUCAUGCCAAAAUCUAUCUUGCUGGAAUAGCUGUUGUCUUUUUAAUAGGCAUAUGCUACUCUACAAAAACUUUGAAGAAACCGAAGGACGAUGAGAAUCCUACUCUCCUGCAGUCCUUGUGGCUAUUCUUCUACACAUGCUUCCUCAAACCGCACGACGGUGACAGCAAUGGCAACCAACAGGAUGCCCUUGAGAGCUUCUACAAGAAGCAGGCUGGCGCCUAUGAUGCGACGAGGAAAGCCCUGCUAAAAGGCCGCGAGGAUAUGCUCGCCCUUGCAGCAGCUCAGCUCUCUUACAGGGCAAAAAAUAGCGACGAGAAGAAGAGACGUGUUUGGGUUGAUGUUGGUGGAGGAACUGGCUGGAACAUCGAAUCUAUGUCUAAAUAUGUCGAUGUAGCCAAGUUUUUCGACAGCGUCUACCUAGUUGAUUUCUCUCCGUCUCUCUGCGAAGUUGCUCGCAAGCGCUUCGAAAGACUUGGGUGGGAUAACGUGAAGGUCAUUUGCCAGGAUGCGAGGAAAUUUCGCUUAGAGGACCAUGAACCGUCCUCUCAGAGUAGACGUGCCUCUGGAUCUCCAAUUCGGAGUUACAUCUACCAGGAAAAGCCUAGGCAUGGCGGUGCUGACUUAAUCACGAUGUCCUACAGCUUGUCCAUGAUCCCCGACUACUAUUCUGUCAUUGACUCCUUGCCAUCGCUAUUGAGUCCCAAUGGCAUUGUCGGUGUGGUUGAUUUUUAUGUCCAGUCUCAAGUGGAUGUUAGCUUCCGAAACUAUACUGGCGGUCUCGUUAACCGUCACGUCAACUUCUUCGGGAGAACAUUCUGGCGUGCUUGGUUCGACAUCGACCGAGUUGCUCUGGAGCCUGGACGGCGUGACUACCUCGAAUAUUCCUUCGGUACUGUUCUGAAUGUGAACAAACGUAACUACGCUCUCGGUGCUAUUCCUUAUUAUAUUUGGCUAGGAACUCAUAAACAGCCGUUGUCUUCGAGCCUUCCGCACGAAAUUGUUGAGAAGGUGGACGCAUUAGUCACCGAGUCUCCUUAUCUACACCCUGCCAAUCACUCGGCCGCUCUGUCUCGCGCAGUUGAAAGAGCCGCCCCAGAGAUCCGAUCUAAGGCUUUUGACGCUGCCAUUAUCAAUAUCUCCUCUAACCUUCCUCUCCCCUCAUUCUUCUACCAGAAUCACCACUAUCGGAUCUACUAUGAUGAUCAAUUGAAGAAGCAUACCCAAUUUAACGAUGAGUACAUCUAUGCCUUCACCUGGGAAGACACUCGGGUUGAUGAACGCAUUCUGAAGCUGAACUCGGACGACGUAGUCCUUGCCAUCACGAGUGCUGGAGACAACCUUCUUUCUUAUGCACUUCAAAGCCCGGCUAGAAUCCAUGCUGUUGACCUCAAUCCCACGCAGAACCACCUUCUCGAACUCAAAGUAGCUGCAUUCUCGUCUCUCCCCUACGAGGACUUCUGGAAGAUAUUUGGCGAUGGUAAACACCCCGAGUUCCGCUCUUUACUCAUCUCAAAGAUGUCUCCUCACCUAUCCAGUCGCGCAUUCCAAUAUUGGCUCAACAAUGACCACAUCUUCGCCCAAUCCAAGGGUGGUCUAUAUGACACUGGUGGGUCAAAGCAUGGAAUUCGGAUUUUUCGUUGGAUCUCUCGUGUUUUCGGAUGCCGAUCUGCCGUCAAGAAAAUGAUUGCUGCAAAGACCCUUAACGAGCAGCGCGAGAUCUGGCGUGGCAAGAUUCGGCCGGCGCUACUUUCACGCAUCGUAUCGAAGUUUGUUGUCAGUCAAGAAUCAUUCCUAUGGACGGCACUCGGCGUACCCAAGAACCAGUUAGCAGUAAUUGAAGAGGACCACGCGGUAUCAGAUGCCGUAUGUGGCCCUGAAGCGCGGGCCAAGAAUACACGAUCGCAUGCUAUCUGGGAAUACAUGGUCAAUACUCUGGAUCCUAUGGUGGAGUCAACACAUAUCGCAGCCGACAACCCAUACUACUUGGUUUGUCUUGACGGUAAGUUUAGUCGGAACUGCCACCCCGACUACCUCUCGCCACAAGCACAUGCGAAGCUCUCGCGACCGGGGGCAUUUGAAGGGCUACGCAUUCACACAGACGAGAUUGAUGAAGUUCUCGCACGUAUCGCGCCCGGCACCCUAACGGUAGCUGUCGUCAUGGAUAGUAUGGACUGGUUCGACCCUGGAUCCGACGCCGCGGCGGCUCAGAUCACCAAGCUUAACCGCGCGCUACGCAUGGGCGGCCGCGUCAUGCUUCGCUCGGCGGGCCUGCGUCCGUGGUACCUUGAUGAGUUUGAACGACACGGAUUCGUGGCAAAGUGUCAUGGCGAUCGCUCAGGCGGCAAGUGUAUCGAUCGUGUCAACAUGUAUGCCAGCUGCUGGAUCUGUACUAAACGCGAGGAUGUGGCCCCGCCUACUCCCGAAACGGAGUCGCUACUCGGACCUGAGAUCUCUACAUUGCAGAUUUAAAGAGAUAAAAGGAUUUGCCGGCGGGGCGAAGUGUUAAAAUGCGCGAGGGGCUAGGAGACGGGUUGUCAAGUUUCCCCUCAUUAUAUUCUAGUCUUUCAUUGUUGGCAAAGUUUAUCUAGCGAAGUGCCUAGGUAGACUUUCGUUAUUUAUAGGUAU